AUGCCAUCGUUCCUGAACGAUCAGAGUACGCCAAACCACAGCCAGCACCCCGGGGUUGUUCACGUCGGCCCCGAGGAUCAGUACAUGGGUGGUAGUGCCAAGGUCAAUGGACAUUUCCCACUGACAUCUAGGAGCUACAAGCCCAAUGAAAGUCUUGACGGAAGCUCUUCCAAUUCCACCCACACGUCCGACACCUACGAGUCACGGCUCGAGAUGGAUGGUGACCGCACCGCGGACACAACGAUGAGCGCUACCCUGCCGGAUGCGGUCCUGGCCAACCCGGAGAGGGCUGCGAAGAAGACAGACAGCACGGCAAGGAAAGCGUUGCCGAAUGGAAACGCGCACACUUUGAUCGACCAGACGGCACCAUCCGCACCCCAAGUCAAUGGAGUCAAAGACUCGGAUUUGGGCGAGGACAGCCCCAGAGACGAUCAGCCGAGGACGUCAUCAGGCUCCGUCAACGGAUACCACCGGCAGCCGCCGACAGAGCAGCGCCGAUACCAGGCAGAAACAGUCGAGCUGACAGCGGUCGAGUAUGGCGUGGCCCAGCUCACUCUGAUACCAUCAAAUGGCCCAACAGGCUCCGGUGCCGUUGCAUCCGUGCCCACAACCACGGCAUCUAGCCCGGACCCCAGCAGUCGGACUCCCACAUCCCCUCAUCGAUUCUCCUCGCCUCCGCUGUAUCAGGGAGGAACCACCCCUAGCACUUCAGCCCCCUCGACACUACAACCACCAGCUCCUGGAGGCUUAAAGCAUCGCCACACACUCGAAGUUCCCAAGGUCACUGCUCCGCCAAGGACCUCUAAGGAUUCUCGGGAGGGCGUCGAUGCUGCCUAUGCCAGCGGCCGGUUCUCUCCUACAACAGCGAAUACGCCAGUCGGCGGGCGAAGGGCGUCCCUGAGCCUGAUGCGCCGCAACACACGCUCAUUGCAAUCUGAAGGGCCGCGUGAUGAAAUUGUACCGGACGAGGAUGCGCUGCGCUGGGCGGAGGCGUACCGGCAGAAACGCGCGAGCAAGAGGAAGCGCCUGGAGCAGGAGGACGACGACCGAGUGUUGGUUGGAACCAAAGUCGACGAGAACCAUGCCAACUGGGUGACGGCAUAUAACAUGCUUACUGGCAUCCGCGUUUCCGUCUCCCGAACAAAUGCCAAACUAGACCGGCCCUUGACGGAUGCAGACUUUGAUGCAAAACAAAAGUCUACCUUCGAUAUCGCCGGCAAUGAAUUGGUCCCGUCUGCCAAAUACGACUUCAAGUUUAAGGACUAUGCCCCCUGGGUUUUCCGACAUCUGCGCGCUCGGUUCCGACUUGAUCCUGCUGACUAUCUCAUGUCCUUGACGGGGAAAUAUAUACUAUCUGAAUUGGGCUCGCCAGGCAAGAGCGGCAGUUUUUUCUACUUCUCCAGGGACUACAAGUACAUCAUCAAGACGAUACAUCAUGCUGAGCACAAGUUUUUGAGGAAGAUACUCAAAGACUAUUACCAGCAUGUCGCGGACAACCCGAACACGCUUCUUUCUCAAUUUUACGGACUUCAUCGAGUCAAGAUGCCAUACGGGAAGAAGAUCCACUUCGUCGUCAUGAACAACCUCUUUCCUCCUCAUAGGGAUAUCCACCAGACCUUCGAUUUGAAAGGCUCGACCAUCGGAAGAGACUACAAGGAAGAGAACUUGGGCAAGAACCCCCGAGCGACGCUGAAGGAUCUAAACUGGCUGCGCCGGCACCAACACCUGGAACUGGGCCUCCAGAAGAAGAGGCUCUUCCUUGAACAGCUACACAAGGAUGUACGCCUGCUUCAGCGGCUGCACAUCAUGGACUAUUCCCUCCUCAUCGGGAUCCAUGAUCUGCAACGCGGCAACGAGGAAAAUCUGCGCGGCAAAACCCUGAAAGUUUUCAAUCCUGGAGGCGAAACAUCGCCUGAAGACUUUGACCCUCACUCGGUUCUGAUGCGCACGCCUAGCAAGCUGGAGAACCAGAGAAAGGCCCGAGAGUUGAGGCAGAUGAUCAAGUCGGAAAGACCGAUCCCCAUGGGUGAGACUCGCAGCAAGAUGCCGGAUGAACUGGAAGGCAACGCCAAGAACUCCGUGUUCUACAAGGAUGAUGGCGGCUUUCAGGCAACCCAUGAAAACAACGCCCCCGGCGAGGAGAUCUACUACCUUGGAGUCAUCGAUUGCCUCACUCAUUAUGGUAUCAUCAAGAAGAUCGAACACUUCUGGAAGGGACUCUCGAGCGACCGGCACCAGAUUUCAGCUCUUCCUCCAGAAGAAUACGGCGAGAGAUUCUUGAACUUCAUGUCUGGUAUCACAAUGUCACCAGAAGAGGCUGAGCGAGAGCAGGCGGAAAGGCAGAGGGCCGAGGCCGAGGCUGCAGCAGCCAGAGUCGAGCAAGACAAGGGGAAGGAGCGUGUUGGUAGCUGGUCGGGUAGUGCACGGCGCCGAUCUUCGGGACCCAGCGUCCCUCCCGCACCUACCUAUCUUCCCCCGCCGCCGCCAACACAGCUCACAUCCGGCAUGAAGAGCCCGGAGGCAGAAGCUGUGAUUCGGAGGGCCGAACGAGAGGCUCAGAAGUCACCGGUUCGCGAGGAGGAUGUUCCAGAACGAGUACUGCGGACGACGACCGCCCCAGCUGGUGUAAUAGUCCCAGCUGCAGCUGUACCUGCGGCAGCCUCAUCUGCGUCCAAUGCCACGAAGCCCGCAGCCCCGACUGCUCCGCACCCUGAUCGCCGAGAAUCUGCCGUUCAGGUAACGCUCCCAGUGGUGGAUGAGGCGGGAGAGGCAUCCUCGACAGGGGAACGAAGCCGGAUUAGUUAUCUGAGCAACCGCACCAUGGAAAGCGACGGACGUCCUCUCACUCCGGCCAAAGACGGCCAGGAGUACGAGGCUGGGUUCGGAAACCCGGUCCUCUCCCAUGUUGGCCGCAAGGGGGGCAGCCCGCCAACACCGCCCAAGUCGAGUUACCUCAAACCCGAGAGUGCCGACAGCGGAUACGGGGUCUCGACCAGUGCUCCAGGGAGGGCACGGUCCGGAACAGGAGGAUCUGGGCCGAGAGUGCGGUUGAGUAAGGAGUCUCUGGACAAAGCCCUACCCCCUUUGCCCAAGCUCGAUGGCACCGCUUGA